AGAUUGCACAGUGUGUGAAUGCUGUAGGAGAAGGAGAACAGAGAACAGGGACAGAAGUGAAAAGGAGGUACCUUGACUGGCGAGCACUUAUGAAGAGAAAGAGGAUGAAGGCGAACAUUAAGCUAGUUGGUUCGGGGUUUCCCCUUCCCACAUCUGAUUUAGAUGACUCUCUCACUGAAGAGAUAGAUGAAAAGAUUGGAUUCCGAAAUGAUACAAAUUUUGAUUGGCAAAAUGUGACAGAUUUCAGGGAUGCAGGUGGAUCCUUAACUGAAGUCAAAGUGGAAGAGGAAGAAAGAGAUCCCCAGAGUCCUGAAUUUGAGAUUGAAGAGGAAGAAGAAAUGUUGUCAUCAGUCAUACCAGAUUCCAGGAGGGAAAGUGAGCUUCCUGAUUUCCCCCACAUUGAUGAGUUUUUUACUCUGAAUUCAACACCAUCUAGGUCUGCAUAUGAUGAGCCCCAUUUGCUUGUAAACAUAGAGAAACAGAAACUAGAAUUGGAAAAACGACGGCUCGAUAUUGAGGCUGAAAGACUGCAGGUAGAGAAGGAACGCCUACAGAUUGAGAAAGAGAGGCUGCGACAGUUAGACAUGGAGCAUGAGCGGCUUCAGCUGGAGAAGGAGCGGCUGCAGAUUGAAAGAGAGAAGUUGAGGUUACAGAUAGUCACCUCAGAGAAACCAUCUUUGGAAAAUGAACUUGGUCAAGGAGAAAAGUCCAUAUAUCAACCACAGGAUAUAGAAACAGAGAAGUUAAAACUUGAGAGAGAACGCUUGCAACUGGAAAAAGAUAGGCUGCAGUUUUUAAAAUUUGAAUCAGAGAAGCUGCAGAUUGAAAAGGAGCGCUUACAAGUAGAGAAAGAGAGACUACGAAUGCAGAAGGAAGGACACUUGCAGUGAUUUAUCUAGGUCUCCAUUUAUCAAUCGUUUGUAAACCAUAGGCUUAGAUAAUAUAAAAAUGGUUGCA